GGGGCUUCAUGCGGGGGAGGGAGGCCGCUCAUCUGGUUCCCAUCUAGUGGUGGCGGUGGGGCGGGGCGCCCCCAGCUUUGUCUGAGGCCCAGGGGUUCCCCGGUUGGAGCCCGGAGGUAUGGGGACAGUGCUGAUCCUUGGCGGCCUCCCGCAGAGGCCCGGGCUUCAAGGCCUGGAGCCUCCUAGAGCAGGAGGGGCUGGGAGGGUUAGAAAGCCUGGGACCAAGCACUCUGUGAGCAGGGACGAGGCCCCAGGGGACCGGGUCCUGGAGCCACCAGGGAGGGUUCCCUGGGCAGGGCUGUCCCUCUGGUCCCUCAGUCCCUCAGCGUCUCCCUCGGCCCAUCCCACCAUUUCUCCUGCACACCUGGAUCCAAACCCCAGCUCUUCUAGACAAAUCAGUUAAUCUCGCCGGGUCUCAGUUUGCUCACUUGGAAAAUGGGGAUGAUCAUAAUUACCUCCCACCCGCCGGGGACUUGGCAGGAUCCACUGAGAAAUCCCAUGUCCCUGGGGCAACAUGGUCUCCUCGGUGGUCCCCGGCCUCCUCCUCUCUCUGCUGCUGCUCCUGAGGCCCGAGCCCGUAGGGACCCACUCUGUGUCCCUGCCGGCCGCCUUCCUGGAGGACGUGGCGGGCAGCGGAGAGGCCGAGGGCUCGUCAGCCUCCUCCCCGAGCCUCCCACCGCCCCGGACCCCAGCCCUCAGCCCCACAUCCCUGGGAGCCCAGCCCACGCCGCCGCCGGGGGUCCCGGCGCCUCCCACCAACUUCCUGGAUGGGAUCGUGGACUUCUUCCGCCGCUACGUGAUGCUGAUCGCCGUGGUGGGCUCCCUGGCCUUCCUGCUCAUGUUCAUCGUCUGCGCCGCCCUCAUCGCCCGGCAGAAGCAAAAGGCCACCGCCUACUACCCGUCGUCCUUUCCCAAGAAGAAGUACGUGGACCAGAGCGACCGGGCUGGCGGCCCCCGCGUCUUCAGCGAGGUCCCCGACCGCGCUCCCGACGGCCGACCUGAGGAGGCCCUGGACUCCUCCCAGCAGCUGCAGGCUGACAUCCUGGCUGCCACGCAGAACCUCAAGUCCCCCACCAGGGCUGCCCCAGGCAGCGGGGAGGGGGCCAGGCUGGUGCAGAGCAGGCCGGAGCAGCCGGGCAGCCAGGAGGUGGCCCCUGCGGAGGAACCAGAGCUCCCCAGGGAGCCGGGCCCGGCGGGGCCCGAGGCGGCUCUGGCGGCCAGCGAGGGCCAAGGGGAGCCCGAGGGGUCUCUGUCCUUAGCCCAGGAAGCCCAGGGGUCGGCGGGUCCCCCUGAAAACACCUGUGCUUGCAGCAGCGUCUCCCCCAGCGACUAAGAGGCUCCAGAGCUGCUGGCCUUGGCCGUCAGGCGCCCCGCGGUCACUUCCUCGGGCGUGGAGAGGCCUUCAGCCCGGAACCCCCAGAGCCAUCCCCACACCGCCCUGCUCUGCACUGGUGGGGAGGCUGCCUGGGGUCCCCCGGCCUCACCAGGUUCCAGCAGCGGUCGGGCCUCGCAGCCCCAGGGGCUCCACCCCACGCACGGUUCCUCGCGGGAGGUGGAGGACAUCCGUGUCCCCGUUAGAAAACGGCCCGCGGGAUCAGCCCCAGCGAUCGGGCGACGCGGGUCCGGGGUCCCUCGGGAGGGAGCAAACCGGCUGCCUUUCUGUCGAGGCAGCCAAGAGACCGAUCCAGACGGACUAGAAGUUUCGCAAGAGGCCAGGAGGGCGGCGCGGACCGCCAGGCGGCGUCUCGGGGCUGCAGGGGGUCUGCCCGCGCCUCUCCUGGGCCCUGGGUAUUCCCGGCGUCCCUGCUCAGAGCCACGGGGGCGGAGGUGGACCUGAGGACCCUGGCGUAGAGCAUGGCAGGGCCUCAAGAGAGUCUUUCCCAAACAGGGUUCCCUGGGGUGCCCCUUGGAAACAAGAGGUCAAGGUCAAGUGCGUUCAGGCAGCUGCCUCUCUCCCCAGCCCCACCUGAGGGUCCCCGGCUUCUGACAAGUCCCCCCCGCAAACAGUCGGAUCGGGUCUGGGCUUUUGCUUGGCCUUGGCUUUUCCAAGUUUCUGUUUUCAUGUUUUACAGCUAUAAAGUACAAUCCUGUAGCCCCCCCACUCUGCAAAACACGGUUUUAAAUUUUCCCGGGUGCCCCCUGUUUCUAGUUGGUCCAGAGUCGGGGGUCGCGGGGUGUGGGGACUCAGGUCCCAUCAAAGUCGCCCCCGCAGCCUCUGCCGGGGUGUGUCUCCUCCCUUCCUGUUGGACCCCCAGAGCAGCCUGGAAGCUGGGGGUUGAAAUCCAGUUUCCGACGCCCAGCCUGGAGCAGGGGCCCCCCUGCCCCCCGCUCCCUGGUGGCCUGGCAGCCUGUCCCUGCAGCUUCCUGGGACCUCCCUGGGCUGGGCGCUGGGCCCUGUCCUGUCUGGGCAGCCUGGGGUCCCCUGCCUCGCCCCCCGGCCUCCGCCCAGCCUGCUGUGCAUAAUAAACCUUGGU